GUCAAGUAGGGCAGUCGCUGGUGGAGGUGGUGAAGAGACAGGUAGCAGGGGAGAGCCCGGCUGAGCUGAAGUCCGGGCUGCUGGAGCCCCGCGUCGGGGCGUGACCAGGUCAUCCCAAAAGGCCGAGCCCAGGAUUCUGAAAGCCUGAGAAGUGCCUUUUUUGUAACAGAAAGCCCUUUAUAAGACUGUCAUACUCUGAGGAAGAUUGUUGGGGGGCUGGGAGUAAUGUAAAGUUUUUGUCCUUUUCUUCUGUAAGCUGUCACCAUGACCCUGACGAAAGGUUCUUUCACCUACUCCAGUGGAGAGGAAUAUCGUGGGGAGUGGAAGGAAGGUCGCAGACAUGGUUUUGGUCAACUGAUGUUUGCAGAUGGUGGCACCUACCUGGGUCAUUUUGAAAAUGGAUUGUUUAAUGGCUUUGGGGUACUGACCUUCUCAGAUGGCUCAAGGUAUGAGGGGGAGUUUGCCCAGGGCAAGUUUAAUGGCGUCGGAGUCUUUGUUCGCCACGACAACAUGACCUUUGAGGGAGAAUUUAAAAAUGGCAGAGUAGAUGGUUUUGGCCUGCUGACUUUCCCCGACGGUUCUCAUGGGAUACCCCGCAACGAAGGUCUCUUCGAGAAUAACAAGCUGCUGCGGCGGGAGAAGUGCCCCGCGGUGGUUCAGCGGGCCCAGAGUGCCUCCAAGUCGGCCAGAAACCUGGCGGCCUGACACUGCUGACGGGCGUUUGCGGGAGGUGAACCAAUGAACCCCCUGUGAGAGGAAACGAGGGUGCCCCAGAGCAGAAGCCUUACGAAGGGCCAGUGGCGACCGUUCAGGGAUUUGGUCCCAGAAGUUCCGAGGACUCUGGCCGUGAGGCCCGGCCGCAGAGCUGCCUGUUCUGUCUUUUCCUUUUGUGCUUGUCAGACGCGCAGUUCCUAACCGGUGGGCUACCCAGUGCAGGCCUGCGUUGCCUUCUUCGUCAUUUCCUGCUUCCACGCAGAAUUUCUUAUUUCUGCCUACAUUUGGGACAACUUAGGGCCCCCAUUUAGGGCCAGUGCUUUGUGCUACCAUGGAGAAAUAGAGGGAUCAAGGGUGGCUGAGGCAACACUGUACACCUGUGGAAAUCCACCAGGGUGUUUCUCCACCUAGGCCCACAUUUACUGUGGAUUCCAGGCCCUCUGCUUUGUCUGCCAGACUGGUCAUCGUCUCUACAUACUACCCUGGUGAAGGAGUCAGUAAGAGUGUGUUUCCCGCUCUUCACUUCGCAGGCUGUCUUCCCUACCUGAAUUACAGAGAUAAUCCCCACUUGUGCCUCUCUCCUUCCUUAGACACAUUCCUUAGACACAGGACAGAUCCCUUUAAGGAAUAGUCAAGAAAAAAAAGUGAUGUAAACAGUCACCUUGUAAGUCGUAGUCAUUACUCCAGGGCAAAGGGCAGAUAGAACUGAACCACGUCACACCCCAUCAUAAAGGGAACUGAAUCCUUAGGGAUGGCUAGGGCUAACACAGUUCCUUCCAGCCCCAUCUUGACCCCUUGGGCUUUAGGUCAACCUGGCCUUUAGUAAACUGAAAGAGCACUGUCCAUUGGGUCAUUGUAACUCUUUACCUUGGCUGUCAGGCCUGGGGAUCAGAACUUGACUAUUGGGAUCCCUAUAGAGUUUUCCCACAGACCUCCAGCAACCUAUGGCCCAGUUGCACCCUGCCUCACACACCUCCAGCCCCUUACCCUCACAGUGAAUAUCUCAAUAGCAGAUGGUCGUGGAAAUUCUAGCCGUGUGCCUCUAUUUAGUCUCUGAAUUGUACUGUAGAAACAGGUGUUGAUGAGGAAUAAACAAAUCACCAGAACUGCUUCUAUUUUCCGUGGCUUUCUUGCUCUGCAGCCUGAUGAAUUAUCAACCCAUUUGCUGUUUCUAGGAGUUAAUCACAUUUUGGAACUGAUACUGCAUACUUUACUGCAUGAUAACUAAUUCUCUAAACCUCUGACGUGUAGGGGCUUUUUUUAAUUAGAUAAGCUCAGGUGGCCCAAACUAGUAAGUGCCAAGCUGGUUUCAUCUCCAUUUUUCUGAUUCUAAAGCACUUCCUGCUGUUGUCCUGGGACGAAUUAAUGCACCAGCUGGUUUCUUUCAGGCAAGUCACCUCCUGCCUGGGUUCCCCCUUCUCUGCAGCAAAGAUAGUAACACUCUUCCAGCUCAACUAGCAGGAGAUGUUUGCCUGCCACCCUUAAAUGCAUGACCUUACACAGGCCCGAGGGGAAGGUUCUUGUUAUACCUGCAAUAUGGGUGAGCUCUGGGCAAUAAAGCUUUUCUCCCAGGUGCUGUAAA